AUGUCUGUAAAUCCUAAUGGCGAUGGUUCUGGAAAGAACACACAUUUAUCUGUAUUUGUAAUCGUUAUGAAAGGAGACUAUGAUGGCAUGCUGUACUGGCCAUUUAAUCAGAAGGUCACUUUUAUACUUGUAGACCAACAGGAUAGCGCAGAAGAACGCGAGAAUAUCGUGAUGCACUUUAAAGCAAACGCUAAACUAGAGAAUUUUUCCAGGCCUACUUCAGAUGAGAAUCCAGGUCGAGGUUACGCAAGGUUUGUGUCGCAUGAAAAACUCAAGAGUAGGCGAUAUAUUGCGGAUGACACUUUGUAUCUUCAAGUGGUUGUGAGUCCACCAACGCCUUGA